AAUUUGCAGAGAGAGAGAGAGAGAGGAUCUAGUGUGAAUGUGAAUGAAGUAAAUCAUAUAUACAUCUUUGACACAUUUUACUUUGUAUUUUAUACUACAGCUACAGGUAUACAGGCAGGUCAUCUAACAGUUUUAAUGAAUGUUGUUUCAAGUUCUUUUGCCUUUUGCCUUUUAUUCUUUUAUUUAUUUUCGGGCCUUGACCUCAUGUUCCGAUCGAGUUUUUAUUUUUAUAAAUUUAGGGUGGGUUUACCUCAAGUUGAAUCUUUUUGACAUCCCCACUCAGUUGCAGUGGGAAAGAAAAACAUUUAAGAACUACAAUCUUACUUUAGGAGUUGCAAUUAAGAAUUUCCUUGAAGUUCAUACUGUUUGAAGUCCCAAAAGAGAAAAAUAAUAGCAAGUCAAGGAAUUCUGAGAAAGUUGAAGAAAAAGAGAGAACCAAAUCACAAUGGAAGUGUUUAGCUUUGAGAGAAAGAUUAAGCAUUACAGCAGCUAUCAGAAGAUACUCUUAGUGGGAGAAGGAGACUUCUCUUUUGCUGUUUGCUUAGCCAGAGCUUUUGGAUUGGCUGUCAACAUGGUUGCGACUUCUCUCGACUCCAGAGAGUCUUUGAUGCUGAAGUAUUCAGAAGCUAUGAGCAAUGUGAAGGAAUUAGAGGCCAAGGGAUGCAUAAUAUUGCAUGAGGUGGAUGUCCACAGCAUGAGCCGACACCCUUUGUUGAUUAGCAUACGCUUUGAUCGCAUAAUCUAUAAUUUUCCUCAUGCCGGUUACUUGCAUGGUCCCUUUUCUUCUGAACACAACAGGUUCCAAAUUUGGUUUCAUCAGGAUUUGAUCAGGGGAUUCCUCCAGAAUGCACGCGAAAUGCUGACCGCAAUAGGAGAAAUUCAUGUGACACACAAGACAAAAUUUCCUUUCAGUGAAUGGAAAAUAGUGGAGUUAGCACAAAAGGUUGGGUUAUAUCUGGUUCACGAAGAACAGUUCUCACCAUGGGAUUAUCCAGGUUAUGAAAAUAAGAGAGGAGCUGGGAUGUGUGAUCAAACGUUUCCUGUUGGAAUGUGUAGCACCUUCAAAUUUGGCAAGCUGUUGUGCCAUUCUACCACUUCUGGUUUCCACCUUGGCAUUACUACUUCAGGUCCAUGGUCUGGAUAUUCUGGAAUUAAUGGUCCUCGCAUGCAAUGGUAAUGUGCCCUACAUGCCUUUGCACUGGAAUGGCGAUGGCAAGCGAGCAUGACCCUCGGAUCGAUCCCUUGAUUAGAAGAAGUGCAUUGCCAUCAAUAGUUCCCCCCUUUACCACUUUGAACCUCUUUGCUAUACAUAUCCUCCCUGAAUUGUGACAUAACCAAGGGAAGGGACUUCUGUAUAUAUACUGACUGUUCAAGAAUAUGAUUAGACAUCUGAACGCAAUUGAAAGGUUUUCUUCACUUGUGCAA